GUGAGAGUUAAUGAUUCUCACGUCCCACAAAGAAAGAAAGAAAGUCCAUUCCUUCAAUCCAACUCCACAAAUCUCUUUCUGUGAAAACUUCUUUCAACAACAAAUCUUAUUUUGUUUAGAGAAAGACUUGAAAAAUCAAGAAAACCACUCUCUUUUAUUGUUAUUAUUAUUAUUAUUUUAAGAAAAAAAAAGAAAAAGAAAAAAGAUUGGACCUUUUCAUUGCCAGCCAUGACUGAAGUCCUUCAUUCUCCUUCACAUUUCCCUUCUUCCCCUCCAACAACCUCGUCUCUGUCUUCUUCUUCCUCUUCUGUGACCUGUAUACCCCCACAAUCUCCUUCAACACAAGAUGUCAUUGAUGAUGAUGAUGAGGAGUUGGUGAAACAAAAAGAAAGGAAUCAAAGGGAUCAGCUUUCUUUAUUGGCUCUUCUUGUGGCUCUGCUUAGGAAGUCUUUAGUAGCUUGUAAGAGUGACCGAAGGGAAUUUUGUUCUAGUAUGGAGAUUGGUUGUCCAACCAAUGUGCGCCAUGUGGCUCAUGUUACCUUUGAUAGGUUUAAUGGGUUCUUGGGUUUGCCUGUGGAGUUUGAGCCUGAAGUCCCCAGGAGGCCUCCCAGUGCUAGCACAACUGUUUUCGGAGUUUCCACUGAAUCUAUGCAGUUGUCGUAUGACUCAAGAGGGAACAGUGUGCCAACAAUUCUCUUGCUAAUGCAAAGACGCUUGUAUGCUCAAGGAGGCUUGCAGGCUGAAGGGGUUUUCAGAAUUGCUGCAGAAAACAGUCAGGAGGAGUAUGUUAGGGAGCAACUGAAUGGCGGGGUGGUGCCAGAAGGGGUUGAUGUACAUUGUCUGGCAGGACUUAUCAAGGCUUGGUUUAGAGAGCUUCCAACAGGGGUUCUGGAUUCUUUAUCACCUGAACAAGUAAUAGAAUGUCGAACAGAAGAUGAUUGUGCUUAUCUUGCAAGGAAUCUACCUCCAACAGAAGCUGCUCUAUUAGAUUGGGCGAUCAAUCUGAUGGCUGAUGUUGUCCAACAAGAACACCUGAACAAGAUGAAUGCACACAAUGUAGCCACAGUUUUUGCGCCAAAUAUGACUCGAAUGGCCGAUCCUUUGACUGCAUUGAUGUAUGCAGUCCAAGUAAUGAACUUUCUCAAGACACUUAUCCUAAGGACACUGCGAGAGAGAGAAGAUUCUUUGGUGGAGCCUACUCCUUCACGCUUAGAGCCAUUUGACAAGAACGGUCAUGAGAGCCCUUCACUGUCCUGUGCCAAAGAUAGCGAAGAUGAAAAUGAAACAACUGAGCAAGCCUUUGUGGCUGAAGAACCUGUUGUAGAAAGUUCGUAUCACUCCAGUCAAUACAAUGCCAUAACUGAUGAAGCAGGCCUCAGUUAUGCAACUUCAGUUGAUAAGCUAAUUGCCAAAGGAGAUCGUUCCUGCGAGACUGCUUCCGAGGCUAACUUAGUCAAUGACGCAUAUAAUCAUAGAGUUAAUGCUGGCAAUCAAGCAGGUAUCGGAAAGAACAGCAUUGGCCAAUCAAGUAAUUCAAGUCUCAGAAAGAGUCCUGGAAAAUUUAGCAGGCAGUCACCUGUACUUCAUUUAACACCACCUUCUGACAAGACUCGAGGAAUUGGUAGCUGUAUAGACUCAAGGUCAGAGCGUAUUGAAGCUUGGCGAUGAAGGAUGUCCAAAAGUAGUUUGGUCCCAACUGAUUCUUCGAAAGGAAGCUAUGUAUGUUUGAUUUCAAAACAGUGAGUAUGUUUGUGAAUUGUUCACCUAUGGUUUCUGUGUGCUGGGUGGUUUUCCAAUUUGAUAAAUGACAACAGUGUGAAACUAACAUCUUCUUAAAAUUUCAGCUGCAUUUCUUUAA